CGUAAUUCCUUGCGCGCGGACACCAGUGAGUGGUUGUUAUCGUGUUCUUUCGUUUACCUGUGUUCCACUUGUGUUCAUAAACGGCGAUAAAUGCAAACUAUUUUCAACGCACUGUAAGUUUAAAAACUGGACUUUGAGUUACGACCACAGAUGUGCUUCCAACCAUCUUUUUUGGCAGUAAGGAGGAGCUACCUGUGGGAGUUGCAUUUCGAUCAAAUUAUAAUUCACACAAAAAAGACAUUCCUUUCUUGCAUUCAGUCGUAGUUAAAGCAGUCCGCACAAUUCACACUUUGAUUCAUGCAUAGUUUACUUUUUUUAAAACAAGUUUGCAGCACGCGGAGACGCUGUGACAACCCUGGGCGCCUUUAUUGACUUCGCACUUUACGGCCAAUCGUUCACACCGACAGGCAAGAAAUUACUGGUGUGGUAGGUUUGUAAUGUUCACGUCAGUGUUCGCCCGCCUCUUUCGUUACUUCCUUUGUGGCAAAAUAAAUUGACAACCAGCAACGGAGGCAAAGUAGUUCAACACCACAGGAUUUGACUGGCCACAGUUAUAUUAUGUGGUUGGUCAUGACGUGUUUUCAGUGAACUGAUUUAUUUCGUGCUCGUGCCUUUUUGGACUCGAAUUCCAGGUAGUUGUUGCGGUACCUGCACCUAUAUGGUGUAGUCACAGAUUGAAUUUCAUUUGUACGAAACGCAGACAUCUUUAGGUUGCUUGACUGAGCAUUGCAUGCGCUACACUGCGCGCAUACGACAACUGGAAUUUUAUGUUUCAUGCGUGUGACGGUCCCGCGCUGUUAUGAUGUUAUCCGCGAGGCAGAUGGGUUGGUUGAUAAAUGCCGUUAAGACAGGGCAAUGUCCGUAACGCAGGAGGACCGUACAAGUGCAGCUGUUUAAACGCGUAUUGUUGAUCUUAUUAUUUUUGUUUUGUUGAUACAUUGCACCGUUGUCUGCUCUCUACUUUGGUGAAUGUUAUUGGCUCGUGGUUAUUGUCAACGUAGUUGUUUUACAUAAGGCUGUUUUAAUGCAAACUUUUCGUGUUACUUUAGUAGUAAGGCUAUUCAUCCGAUGGUCCUUGUGUGAUCGUCGCGCGAUCCUUAUAAAUCGAUUAGGCUAGCCUGCUUGUUUUCGAAUUAUUAUUGUUGAUGAUUGUGAUGUAGGCUACUGACGCGUUUUAAAAAGCAUUCAAAUGAACUCAUUUAUUUUGUAGAAUGAGGAACCAAAGUGGUGACGUUAGAUGACCACACGUCACCAGACCAGCAACUACUGAAGCAUCACGUAAUUUUAUGUUAGGUGUUUUGCCACGUGGAGUGAGGUGAGACGUCAGCUCCCCGUGGAGACUUCUGCAACUCCAAGAACCCCACGGUGCUGUGCUGGUUGCACACCUCGGCGGAUUGCGAGCCAUUCACCUAGGAAACAAUUAUCAAUUUAUAAUAAGAAGAUGAGUUUUUGCUCUGCGUCACAAUCAAGUUGUACUUUUACUAUUGCUUGACCCAGUGUUCCAUCACCGGAACUGCAUGUCUUCUCAACAUGUACGUCACCACAGGAACUUCACAUUCAGACCAGGAAGAGAAGUAGUGUGUGUUUGUAGUAGUGUAUCUCAAAUGAAUAAUGGAAUGGUCUGUGGUUAGACCAAUCGGCGGUUAGAACAAAUUCGGGGAAGUUUCUCAAAAUGUAAGAGAUUCCACCACUGUGUGCAAACUCUGUUCGUACAGUGCGACAGUAACUUGAAAGAAAACACCACGACCAGGAAAUAUUUUGGGAAGUCUCCAUCUCCAGGUCAUUGUGGUGGUGUUUUUCAGCCAUUUAACGGACAGUAAUAACGCGAGCCGUUAAUUUUUCUUUGAGCCUUUGAAAAAUACUUACAUUUGCACUGGAUAAUGAAGGAGGUGAAGUCUGUGUUUCCACCACGCUUAUUCAACAUUUGCAUCUUGUACGGGGAGGAAACGUGGGUUUCGUCUACUUCUUCAGUCGCGAUGGGGGUAAAAUCAUCUUUCGAUUCUGAAUUUAAGGGCAAAUUAUGUUUAAUUUCAAAAUCUUCGUUAUCUAGUUUUAUUUAAUACUAGUUCGGUAAAAAAAUCGCCCUAUGUUUUCAUAUUUAAUUUGUUUCAUUUUUUUAUUUUAAGCAACCCUAUCUGUUUAAGGGAGAAAUUGCACUACUAUGUCUUCUGGUUCAUUAAAAACGAAAACCCAAAGUGACCCCACUGCAUUCCACUUUUCAAAUGGGUCGGUGAACCUAGUCGCACCGGAUAGCCUCGCUGAGCACCCGCGGGGUACCGAGGAUUACGAGCUGACUGUUUUGAACUGCGUCCCUGGGCAAAACGAGUCCCCCGGAGAGGGGUCCGAGCCGGUCUGCGAGUUCAGUGCCAACGACAAGGGCGAGCGUGAGGAUGACGCUCUCCUGGAGCAAGCCCUCCCGGCGCGGGACAGCGACGACUCCGACCGGCAGAACAUUCCGAAGGAGACGACCUUCUCCAUCGGGGUACAGAUUGUGUUUCCGUUCUUGCUUGCCGGCUUCGGCAUGGUAGCCGCCGGCAUGGUUUUGGACAUCGUUCAGCACUGGACGGUGUUUAAGGACGUGACCGAGGUCUUCAUCCUGGUGCCAGCGCUGCUCGGCCUCAAAGGAAACCUGGAGAUGACCCUGGCGUCCAGGCUUUCCACUGCCGCCAACGUCGGACAGAUGGACGCCGGACGCGAUGUGUGGAGGCUGGUGGUGGGGAACCUGUCCCUCAUUCAGGUCCAGGCCACCGUGGUGGGCUUCAUGGCGUCGGUGGCGGCCGUCGUGUUCGGCUGGGUCCCUGAGGGCCACUUCGACAUCCAGCACGCCGUGCUCCUCUGUGCCAGCAGCGUGGCCACGGCGUUCAUCGCCUCCCUGCUGCUCGGUCUCAUCAUGAUCGGGGUGAUUAUCGCCUCUCGGCGGGUGGGCAUUAACCCGGACAACGUGGCCACGCCCAUCGCUGCCAGCCUGGGUGACCUCAUCACGCUGGCCCUGCUGUCGAGCAUCAGCACCGGCCUGUACAGGGAGCUAAAGGACCACGCCUACGUCAACCCGCUGGUGUGCCUGUUCUUCCUGGCGCUGACCCCCCUGUGGGUCCUCCUCGCCCACCGCACCCCGUCCACACGGGAGGUGCUGUACUUCGGGUGGGAGCCGGUCAUCAUCGCCAUGGCAAUCAGCAGUAUCGGGGGACUCAUCCUGGACAAGACCGUGUCCAACCCCAACUUCGCCGGGAUGGCUGUCUUUACCCCCGUCAUCAACGGUGUGGGGGGGAACCUGGUGGCAGUGCAGGCCAGCCGGAUCUCCACCUACCUGCACAUGAGCAACAUCCCCAUGAUGGCCCCCAGUGCCACGGCCCCCCGCUGUCCCAACCCCUGCCACACCUUCUUCAGCCCAGAUGUGAACUCUCGCUCGGCGCGGGUGCUCUUCCUCCUGGUGGUCCCGGGGCACCUGGUCUUCCUCUACACCAUCAGCUCCAUGCAGGCCGGCCACACCACCCUCACCUCCAUCUUCAUCGGCUUCUACAUGGCGGCCGCGCUGCUGCAGGUGCUGCUGCUGCUGUACCUGGCGGACUGGAUGGUGCACUGGAUGUGGAGACGGGGUAUGAACCCCGACAACUUCUCCAUCCCGUACCUGACGGCGCUGGGGGACCUGCUGGGGACCGGCUUCCUGGCGCUCUGCUUCCACGUCCUGUGGCUGAUCGGGGACCGAGACGCCGACGUGGGCGACUGAGCCCCCCCCUCUCCCACCCCCCCCCCACCCUCAAUUUGAGCUGGACUCUUACUCUUUAUGAUACCUCUGAGAUUGCCCAGGCCAGAGUUCUCAUUAACAUGGUUUUGGGGGGGAGGUUGCAGAAAGUUUACUUUUUAGGGUCUUUUUUUUGGGGGGGGGGGGAGAGGGGCGUCCUCCGCCCCUGCAGUCAUGGUUACCUCAGGCCGUAGUGGAGGCUCAGAUCACGUGCAGGUGCAUCUGCAAAGAUGUGCGGAACAUGAAAAAUCACCAAGUGCUGAGCCUUUACAGCGUUUAUGAGCGUGCGUAGGCUGGUCAUACUUCCUGUGUAACGGUGUUUCACCCUGCAAAGGAAAUCCCCCCCAGUUUCGUGCCUUGUACUUUUUUAUUUUUUAUUAUUAUUAUUAUUAUUAUUUUUUUAAAGCCUUUAACACAGGCUGGUUGGCAUUAAAAACAAAAAGAACUGAACUCUUUCUGGCCUACACUGGACCAGCUGAGGCUGCUCGGGGGUAUAGGGGUACUUUGGGGGGGAAUUGAAUGCCCCUCUUGCCCCCCGCGUCCUAUGUUUUUACCACUGUCACUCAAACAAGACACGCGAGGCCACACCCCCAGCCUCUUUGUUUCCGUGUCAGGACAUUAGUUAUUACACGUGAAGAGCCUUAAAUGAUGGUAUUUCACUGAUGAUUUAUUAUUAUUUUUUUAAUGAUUGUUGGCCUAAACAUUUGAAUUGUGAAUCGUGCGUGCGAGCUCGCGCAACUUUAUCUUAAACGUGAACGCGUUUAACGUCUCUUAACGGCGCAGGCGAAACUGGAGGUAGGCAACGGGCCCGUAAUAUUAAACUGGUGAAUGUCAGACUGUAAACGGGUAGCCAUAUAUCCAUUUACACAGGCUAAUCUGUCAGUGCGGGUAUGUGGAAGUGCAGCUUAACGGCCACAAGAGGGCGCUUUUGACACAGGAUUACGGUAGUUGUUCUUAAAAGCCUUGCAACAAAUAACAACAAAUAGCAAUCUUUGUGUGCCUAAACUGGUGCCUGAAGUUUAUUAUAAUUGUGUUGUCAAUAUGUAUUUAAAGGGAAAGGUGGGGUGUUUUAAUUUAUUUUGUAAAACUAUAAAAGUAAAAUUAUAAAAUUCUAUACAGUACAUACAUAUCUGUUUAUUCUAUUAAGAAUAAAGUGUUUAUUUUACAUA